UCAAUUAUAUUUAUAUCCAUUUUUGUUUCGCUGGUCAAAUAAGCCCAAUAUAAACAGGAGACGAACAUCGUUUUUAACUUUUUCAUCGCUUCAUCAAAAAAUCCAUUUAUUUCUUCGAUUCGUUGUCGAUCUGCAUCAACGCCUUGAAAAUGGAUGAGAUUGAACUAAAAACUGCACCUGCUGAUUUUCGGUUCCCGACGACCAACCAAACGCGGCAUUGUUUCACUCGCUACAUUGAGUUCCACAGGUGUGUGGCUGCUAAGGGGGAAGAAGAUGGUGAUUGUAACAAAUUUGCCAAAUACUAUCGCUCCCUUUGUCCUGGUGAAUGGGUCGACAAGUGGAACGAGCAGAGGGAUAAUGGGACAUUCCCCGGGCCUCUGUAAUUCAAAUACCUUGUUAGCGUUUCUGGCGUAUUCUCUUUGAAUUUCUUUUAUCCUGCAUCUGUUGGAAGCUAGUAAUCUAGUUCUUUCGAAAUGAGAUAAUAAUUUCAUUUGCAAAAAAUCUUAAUCUUUACCAUUCAAAAUAAGAAGUUGUUGAACGUAAGUGAUACUUUGUGAUUGUUCAGUUGCAUAUUUUUAUAUGCCUUCCGUAUUGAUAUGAAGACAUUAUUUAUAUGCCCA